AUGGAGAAAAUAUUUCUUUUACUAUGUCUUAUUAUUAUUAUUACGAGUAAUUCUAUCAAUGUUGAUGCAAGACAUCACAUUUCCAAGAAAACAAAGAGCAAAAAAGUUAAUAAUGCUCCUAGUCCUAUCGAAGGUAGCGUAAACGAACCAUCACCAUCACCAGUAUCACCACCACCAGUAUCACCAGUUUCCUCGCCUAGUAGUAAUGUAGUACCAUCCGACCCGAGUUACGGAGGGGGGCCCGCAUUGAACCCAGAAGAGGACUGCAUUUUCGAUGUCAUGGAGUAUGGAGCCGUCGGGGACGGCUCCACGGAUGACACCGAAGCGUUCGUCGCGGCUUGGAAAGCCGCGUGUCAAGUUGAAUCCGCGGUGCUAUUGGCUCCCGCGGACCGUAUUUUUAUGAUUACUUCUACUAUUUUCUAUGGUCCUUGCAAGCCGGGACUCGAAUUUCGCGUAAAUGGGGUGUUAAUGACACCAGAAGGACCAGAUUGUUGGCCUAAAAAAGAUAGUAAAAGGCAAUGGAUUGUGUUUUAUAAACUUGAUAAUAUGACUUUUACUGGUACUGGUACAAUUGAAGGUAAUGGUGAAAAAUGGUGGGAACUCCCUUGCAAACCUCACAGGGGACCUAAUGGCUCAACUUUACCUGGACCAUGUGACAGCCCUUCUAUGAUAAGAUUUUUCAUGAGCUCAAAUUUGACGGUGCGAGGUUUAAGAAUACAAAAUAGUCCUAUGUUCCACAUGAAAUUCGAUGGAUGCGAAGGAGUAUUGAUAGACCAAUUAUCAAUUUCUUCGCCUAAGCUUAGCCCAAACACCGAUGGAAUUCAUAUCGAGGACACCAAGUCUGUAGGAAUCUACAACUCCGUCAUAGCUAAUGGGGAUGAUUGCAUAUCAAUUGGGCCUGGUUGUUCAAAUGUUGAGAUUGAAGCAGUCACAUGUGGGCCUAGUCACGGGAUCAGUAUUGGGAGCCUAGGGGUGCACAAUAGCCAGGCAUGUGUGUCGAACAUAACGGUCCGCAACACCAUUAUUCGAGAUUCGGACAACGGAGUCCGGAUCAAGACAUGGCAAGGAGGUUCUGGAUCAGUAACAGGACUAUCAUUUGACACAAUUCAGAUGGAAAAUGUGCGCAACUGCAUCAUCAUAGACCAAUACUAUUGCCUCUCAAAAGGCUGUCGGAACGAGACGUCGGCUGUAAGCGUGGGCGACAUCUCGUACCGGAACAUCAAGGGCACCUACGAUGUGAGGAGUGCCCCCAUACACUUUGCCUGCAGUGACACUGUAGCCUGCACUAAUAUUACAAUGUCUGAAGUUGAACUCUUACCACAUGAAGGCGAACUCAUGGAAGAUCCUUUCUGCUGGAACGCUUAUGGAAUUCAGCAGACGUUAACGAUACCUCCGAUUGAUUGCUUGCAAGAUGGAAUGCCACUGGCAAUUGGAGAGGCUGUUGACUAUUCCUGCAGUAUCUGAUGAUCAAUUGAUCGAUCGAUCGAGGAGUUCACAAAUGUUAAUUAUAGCUUUAUGUAAAGUUUACUUACUAGCUAGGCUGGUUUCUAUCUCACUUAUACUAUUUUGUACUAGCAGAUAUGGUCUAUUUUAAUGACCUAUUGUCUGUACUAGAGAAUGAAAUGUCUACUAAUAAAAUGAUUAGUUUGAAGA